UAUUAACUAAUUGGAAGAAAGAUCCUCGGAUAUAAGAGUGGUGUACUACUGUCGUAUGGUAAGCAUUUCGAGUAUAAAAGCCGCUUCUGCUGGUUGCGCGCUUAGUUUCACUUUACGUUAACCAAUUGUGAAACGACGCAUUACCGACAUGGAAAUCCGUUUCAUGCUAUUAGCAAUAUUAUUCGUUGUGGAAGUAAUUAUGGCAUUUCCGCAAAAAGAUGGUCAAAUUUUUAGUAAUGAGGCUAUAAAGCAAGCACAGAAUACUUAUCUUAUUCCAAAAGAUGCGACAAUACAAAAAGUUCAAGAAGGUAUUGAACUAGCAGCUUAUGAGUCAAUUCCUGGAGAGCAGAAGAUCAAUCUUUUUGAAAUUUUGGGAGCACAUGUUCCAUCGGAAGUGGUGAACAAUCUCCAAGCCCAGAUUGACCAAAUAGGACGAAAUUAAAUUCGCUCUUUUCCAUUGCUAUCGUCGUUUCCUUGUAAAAAAUUUUUUUACUUAAAUUUAAGUUUUAUAACAAUUAUUUAUAAAAUGAUACGAUGUAUUUAGACUUUUCCAUUUUUGAUAAAUAAAUGAUUAAAAAUACUAUAA